AUGAGGUUCUCAUUAAUAUCAGCAGUGGGCGUGCUGCUUCCGCUACAAUGCUCCGCAAGGUGGCUCGGAAUUCCUACCGUCCCAUUUGAAGUGUCGAAUGCGACUGGCAGCUUUUGUCUGAAGAAUUUGAAGGCCAUCGUGGUUGAUACUAAGUAUCAAAAUGCCGUCAACACGGAAGGAGAAACUCUUAUCCCUCCAACCUUGAGGAGUUUUGCCUCAACCUUCAGCGAAGAUCUAGCUUCCACGUUGAGCUUGAAGGUUCCCGUCGUAAUAGGCGGAGCUGCUGAGAAGAACACCAUUUUCUUGACUAUUGGAAAUUCAAGCGCAUACCUUGAUGCUGCUGGGAGACCAACAUCAGAAGGUUACUCGAUCGAUGUCACUUCUCAAGGAAUCGUCCUCACUGGGGCCAGUCCUCUUGGUGCUUGGUGGGCGACGAGAACGAUUUUACAACAGGGAGUCCUUGAUGAUGGUAUGCAAUUGAGCUUGGGAAGCGCAUCAGAUGCUCCAGGAUGGGGCAUUCGAGGUACUUUCUUGGAUGCUGGAAGACAUUAUUAUCCCACUGAAUUUCUGAUUGAAAUGUGCUCAUACUUGUCCUUCUUCAAGCAAAACACCUUCCACGUCCAUUUGAGCGACAGUCCGAGUUUGAAUCCCAACCUCACGAUGGAAGAGAAACUCGACUUCUACUCUGCUUUCCGCCCAAAUUCUCCCGAUCCAGCCGUUGCAGGCCUGAACCAUCGUCCAAAUGAGUCUUACUAUCAAGAAGAUUUUGAGCUUCUCCAACAAAAAUGUGCGAGCCGAGGUGUUACUAUCAUUCCAGAGAUCGAAGCGCCAGGUCAUGCCUUGGUCAUCAACCAAUGGAAACCAGAGUUGGCGUUAAGCACAGACUUCACCUUACUCAAUAUCUCCUACCCGGAGACCAUCCCAACCAUGGAAACUAUCUGGAGCACGUUCAUUCCUUGGUUCCAUUCCAAGACGGUUCAUCUUGGCGCCGAUGAGUACACCGCUGCCGUUUCAGAAUACAAUGACUAUGUAAACACAAUGCACGAAUACAUUGGUACGAAAUUCAACAAGAAUGUUCGAAUUUGGGGGACCUUUCCUCCAAAUGACUAUGCAAAUGAGACGAACGUCAAUACCAACGUCACUGUUCAGCACUGGGAAUUCUUCGAAGCGAAUCCGUACUGGGAUUUCAUCAAGAACGGCUACUCAGUCCUCAACUCAGAUGAUCAAUUCUACGUGGUUGGAAAGUGGUCUGGCAGCUAUCCUCAGAAACUCAACGUCACCAGGAUAUUCCAUGGCUCACCAGACGGAGGUCCAACUGCACCAUAUAUCUUUGACAGGACCAACGCCACGAACAACCCACCGAAAGAUAGCCCAUAUGUUCUUGGCCAACUUCCUGCUCUGUGGAACGAUUUUGGACCAAACAGUACCUGUGUGAUCGAGGCGUAUUGGGCACUGAGAUACGGUCUCCCAGGCUUAGGAGACAAGCAAUGGGGUGGUGAUCUAUUCAUGGAUGAAUAUUACGACAUCCUCGAACCUCUCAUCGCAGCCAUCCCAGGACAAAAUCUCGACCGAAAAAUCCCUUCCAAAUCUUCAACCAUUCUUUCUUACGACUUCUCCUCCUCUCACGGGAACACCAUCCUAGAUAAGUCAGGAAAUGGCUACAACGGAAAGAUCAUCGGAGACUGCAGCGUCAAAGAUUCGAUCUUAACUCUCAAACCAGGCUGCUCAGUCAGCACACCUCUCACCUCCAAAGGACGCAACUACACUCUUUCAUUCUCCGUGAACCCCACAACAUCCACACCAUCGACCCUUUUCUCAGGCUCAGCCUCCACCCUGCGCACCGGAAAUGGCACACCCUCCCAAGUCCUCUUCAUAACCGGCGGCUCUCCCUACGUCCUCAACUACACGCUCCCUCUCCAGACCUGGACCGACGUAAAAAUCGUCUCUAUAAAUAACGCUACCUAUUUCGUGAUCAGCCCCUCAGGAAGCAAUAGGACGGAAACAGUCAACGAGUUUACCGCCACGAUUGGAGAUUAUAGUAAUAGCUUCGUCUGGGGCAAUCCGAUGAGUAUAGAAGCACCGAUUGCGAGUAUAGGUGGAGAUACUUUUGAGGGGAUGAUUAAGGAUGUGGUGUUGGUGGAUGGGGCGGAUGAGAAGUAUGCGGGGUAUGUUGCGCCGUUGGUCAUUGGUGUUGCGCCUUACACAUAG